AUGUCUUCGGGUAAUGGUGAUUAUGCUUCGAGGCAAUGGAUGUAUGCAAGAAUUGAUUCAACAAGCAAUCAACUAUCAGAUGCUUUCAUUGAAGGAUUGAAAGAGUUUAUAGAUUUUGCUAAAAACCAUGUGAUGUUUGUUCAGAAGAAGAAAAUGUUUUGCCCAUGCACGAAGUGUGAGAACAGAAAGUUUCUCUCUGACGAUACUGUUGCUGGUCAUUUAUAUAAUAGAGGGUUUAUGCCAAGCUAUUUUGUUUGGGUUGCGCAUGGAGAACACUAUAAUAUUGACAAUCAACCACGUCAAACUCAGGAAAAUACAAGCAUGCCAAAUGAUGUUCCCAUGCCUGUUCCAAACCCUUAUACAGAGAUGGUAACUGAUGCUUUUGGUGAGGGUAUGUCGUCCAACCCAAACAUGGAAGAAGAACCCAAUGAAGAGGCAAAAAGAUUUUUCAAUCUACUAAGAGCAAGUCAGAAUGCAUUAUAUGAUGGAUGUCGAGAAGAGCUUUCACAGUUGUCAUUAGCGUCUCGAUGUAUGGCUCUAAAGACAGAUUAUAAUUUAUCAGAGAAAUGCAUGGAUUCUAUUUCUAAAAUGAUGAGGGACUACAUGCCUGAAAAUAGCAAUGCCACCGCUUCAUACUAUGAGACCAAAAAAUUGAUGAGAUCUUUGGGUUUGCCUUACAUGAAGAUUGAUGUGUGUCAGAAUAAUUGUAUGCUUUUCUGGAAAAGCGAUGAAGCACUAGAAAGUUGUAAGUUUUGUGGAGCUCAAAGAUUUAAAGGUACGAAAAAGCCAGGAAGAAAGCAAGUUCCAUUUAGAAGAAUGUUCUACUUGCCAAUAGCUGAUAGGCUAAGAAGAUUAUACCAGUCAAAGAAAACAGCUUCAGUGAUGAGAUGGCACAAAGAGCAUUAUUCAACACAUGGAGUCAAUAAAAUGUGCCAUCAUCUGACGGUGAAGCAUGGAAACACUUCAACCAGGUAUAUCCUGAUUUUGCUAAUGAACCUAGAAAUGUUUAUCUUGGUUUAA